AUGCCGGGUGGAGGGAUGGAUGGAGGGAUGGAUGGAUGCACGGUGCGGGCCUCUCACCGGUGCACGCUUGUGCCAGAGCCAAAAAUAGCCGGUGAUGCUCGGCUCCCGCGGCGGGGAAGCGAUGAUGUCAUUCGCCGCCAAUCACCGGCGGCCCCGAAGAGCAGCACGGAGGAGUGGGAACCUCACUUGGCUUCUGAUUUUGGUGUGGUGGCACCCUUGGGGUUGGCACUUGGCAUCUCCAUCCAGCCUUACUGCCGGCACAGCGGUGUGCAGCAGGGUGAGCUUCCUGGUUCCCCAUCCCACAGCCUCCAAUUCUGCCUUCAUCCUCUUGCAGGUGCCCUCGGCUCAAGGGAGGAACCCGAGUUUGUGACCGCUCGUGCUGGCGAGAGCGUGAUCCUGGGAUGCGACGUCAUCCACCCGCUGACGGGACAGCCACCUCCCUAUGUGGUGGAGUGGUUCAAGUUCGGUGUCCCCAUCCCCAUCUUCAUCAAGUUUGGGUUUUACCCUCCCCAUGUCGACCCAGGAUAUGCAGGCAGGGCCAGCCUGCACGACAAGGCGUCCCUGCGCAUUGAGCAGGUGCGCUCUGAGGACCAGGGCUGGUACGAGUGCAAAGUGCUGAUGCUGGACCAGCAGUACGACACCUUCCACAACGGCAGCUGGGUGCACCUGACAGUCAAUGCACCCCCCACCUUCACGGAGACACCACCGCAGUACGUGGAGGCAAAGGAGGGCAGCAGCAUCACCCUGACCUGCAUGGCAUUCGGCAACCCCAAGCCCAUCGUCACCUGGCUGCGAGAGGGCGAGCUGCUGGCUGCUGGCCCCAAGUACCAGGUCAGUGAUGGCAGCCUGACGGUGCUUUCUGUCAGUCGGGAGGACAGAGGUGCCUACACCUGCCGGGCAUACAGCAUCCAGGGGGAAGCUGUGCACACCACACGUCUGCUGGUCCAGGGACCUCCCUUCAUCGUUUCCCCUCCGGAGAACAUCACAGUGAACAUCUCUCAGGAUGCACUGUUCACCUGCCAGGCCGAGGCGUAUCCUGGGAACCUCACCUACCUGUGGUACUGGGAGGAGGAGAACGUCUACUUCAAGAACGACCUGAAGCUGAGGGUGCGGAUCCUGAUUGAUGGCACGCUGAUCAUUUUCCGGGUGAAGCCAGAAGAUGCUGGAAAAUACACCUGUAUCCCCAGCAACAGCCUGGGCCGCUCGCCGUCCGCCUCCGCCUACCUGACUGUGCAGUAUCCUGCCCGUGUGGUGAACAUGCCCCCCAUCAUCUACAUUCCCAUCGGGAUCCACGGUUACAUCCGCUGCCCCGUGGAGGCAGAGCCCCCGGUCACGCUGGUCAAGUGGAACAAGGACGGCCGACCCCUGCGCAUCGAGAAGUACUCUGGCUGGAACCUGCUGGAAGAUGGGUCGAUCCGAAUUGAGGAGGCAACCGAAGAUGCUCUCGGCACUUACACCUGUGUGCCUUAUAACGCCCUGGGUACGAUGGGCCAGUCUCCCCCUGCCCGACUGGUACUGAAGGACCCCCCCUAUUUCACGGUGCUACCAGGCUGGGAGUACAGACAGGAGGCAGGGAGGGAGCUGUUGAUUCCUUGUGCUGCUGCGGGAGACCCCUUUCCUAUCAUCGCCUGGAGAAAGGUAGGGAAGCCCAGCAGGAGCAAGCACAACACGCUGCCCGGCGGCACCCUGCAGAUCCGCUCCCUUGGCAAGGACGACCAUGGCGAGUGGGAGUGCAUCGCCACCAACGUCGUCGCAAGCAUUACUGCCAGCACUCACCUUACAGUUGUAGGCACAAGCCCUCAUGCCCCUACCAGCGUGCAUGUUGUGGUUGCCAUGACCUCUGCCAAUGUCUCCUGGGAGCCCGGCUACGACGGUGGAUAUGAGCAGACUUUCUCAGUUUGGUACGGCCCUCUGAUGAAGAGAGCCCAGUUUGGCCCCCAUGACUGGCUGUCUCUCCCUGUGCCAGCUGGUUCCAGUUGGCUACUGGUGGAUACAUUGGAACCGGAGACCGCAUACCAGUUCAGUGUCUUGGCUCAGAACAAGCUGGGCACCAGCUCCUUCAGUGAGGUGGUCACUGUGAACACUCUAGCAUUCCCUGUAACAACUCCAGAGCCUCUGGUGUUGGUUACCCCACCGAGGUGCCUAACAGCCAACCGGACACAGCAAGGCGUCCUCCUGUCAUGGCUUCCUCCUGCUAACCACAGCUUUCCGAUUGACCGCUACAUCAUGGAGUUCCGCAUUGGGGAGAGGUGGGAGAUCCUGGACGAUGCCAUCCUUGGGACCGAGAGCGAGUUCUUUGCCAAGGACUUGUCCCAGGACACUUGGUAUGAGUUCCGGGUCCUGGCAGUCAUGCAAGAUCUCAUCAGCGAACCCAGUAACGUUGCUGGUGUGUCCAGUACAGACGUAUUCCCUCAGCCUGACCUGACGGACGAAGGUUUAGCCCGCCCGGUGCUGGCUGGCAUCGUUGCCACCAUCUGCUUCCUGGCUGCUGCCAUCCUCUUCAGCACACUCGCCGCCUGCUUUGUCAACAAGCAACGCAAACGCAAACUGAAGCGCAAGAAAGACCCUCCUCUCUCGAUAACCCACUGCAGGAAGAGUUUGGAGUCCCCGUUGUCUUCUGGCAAGGUGAGUCCGGAGAGCAUCCGCACGCUCCGUCCCCCCUCCGAGUCCUCUGACGACCAAGGCCCACAGGCCAAGCGGAUGCUGAGCCCCACCAAGGAGAAGGAGCUCUCCCUCUACAAGAAAACCAAGCGAGCCAUCAGCAGCAAGAAGUACAGCGUCUCCAAGGCGGAGGCCGAAGCUGAGGCCACCACCCCCAUCGAGCUCAUCAGCCGCGGACCGGAUGGCCGCUUUGUCAUGGACCCGGCGGAGAUGGAGCCCUCGUUGAAGACGCGGAGGAUCGAGGGCUUCCCCUUCGUGGAGGAGACAGACAUGUACCCCGAGUUCCGGCAGUCGGAUGAGGAGAACGACGACCCUGUCGUCCCAGCCUCCGUCACGGCCCUCAAGGCCCAGCUCACCCCUCUCUCUUCCAGCCAGGAGUCCUACCUUCAGCCACCAGCAUACAGCCCCCGGUUCCACCGGGCACUGGAGGGUCCCGGCGCCCUGCAGGCCACAGGCCAGGCCCGCCCGCCGGCCCCCCGGGCUUUCCACCACCAGUUUUACGGUUACCUCAGCAGCAGCAGCCCCGGGGAGGUGGACCCGCCGCCCUUCUACAUGCCAGAAGUCAGCCCUCUGAGCUCAGUCAUGUCCUCCCCGCCGCUGCACCCCGAGGGGCCCUUUGGACACCCCACCAUCCCCGAGGAGAACGGGGAGAACGCCUCCAACAGCACGCUGCCCCUGGCCCAGACCCCCACGGGGGGCCGGUCCCCCGAGCCCUGGGGGCUCCCCUUCGGCAGCCUGGAAGCGUCCCCCGCGACAACGUUCCCUCCUCAGCUCCAGCAGUGCGAGGCGGUGGCCGAGGGCUCCCAGCCCACCGGUUGUCUUCCUCGGGGGCCGCCUCCUUCCUCUCUUCAGGUCGUCCCCGCGUCCUACCCGGGCAUCCUGCCCCUGGAGGCACCAAAGAGUUGGACUGGCAAGUCACCCAGCAGGGGCCAACCCUCUGUGCCCACCACCACCAAGUGGCAGGACAAACCUAUGCAACCCAUGGGAUGUCAAGGGCAGCUAAGACAUACCAGUCAAGGUAUGGGCAUACCUGUGUUGCCUUACCACGAACCGUCCGAGCCCGUCGGCCACAGCGGCACAAGCACAUUCAGCCUGGACACCAGGUGGUACGAGCCCCAGCCCCGACCUCGGCCCAGCCCUCGGCAGGUCAGGAGGGCCGAGCCCAGUUUACAUCAGGUGGUGCUACAACCUUCGAGGCUUUCUCCUCUGACCCAAAGCCCCCUCAGCUCCCGCAACAGCUCCCCGGAGCUGACCGCCCGCGCCAGGCCCCGUCCGGGCCUCAUCCAGCAGGCUGAGGUGUCAGAGAUCACCCUGCAGCCCCCCGCAGCGGUCAGCUUCUCCCGCAAGUCCACGCCGUCCACCGGAUCCCCCGCACCGAGCAGCCGGGGGGAGAGCCCCAGCUACCGACCUGCCACGGCCUUCACCUCGCUGACCACCGGCUUUUCUGGCUCCCAGGGCUCCUCCCUGCCCGCGGACACCAUGGAUGUUUUUGGAGACAUCCCCUCUCCAAGGAGGGCUAGCGAGGAGAUUCUCAGACCGGAGCCCACAUCGACAACGGUAGCCACCUCGGGAAAACGUCCAUCUCCGUCCUGGGACGCUGCUGCACCUGAGAGGCUCGAAGCUCUGAAAUACCAGCGGAUAAAGAAGCCCAAAAAGUCAUCCAAGGGCUCCUCGAAAUCCAGAAAACAAUCCAACGGCUCUGCCUCCCAGGUUCAGCACCUUCCCAGCUCUCAGGUACUGUGGCCUGACGAGGCUGUCUGCCUCCGAAAGAAGAAGAGACACCCUCGUCAGGACCCCUUUGCCCGCCUCUCGGCGCUGAAGGACGACCUCUGCCACCGGCAGCUCCCCGAGGACCAGACAGCCAUCCUCAACAGUGUGGACCACGACGACCCCAGCGGGCACGCCACUUUGCUUUAGCCUCAUGCUGACCCAAGAGAAGGUUAAAAGGGAGAGGGUAGAGGGAGCUGAAACCUCGACUGCGUGCACGCCGGGGUUGGGCAGCUCGUGGCAAGGAUGAGCUGGGGUGACCGGGGUGGGUUGAGGUCUAAAGGGGGGGGAUGCCAGGGGCUUCUCAGAUCUGCAUCUCUCCCUUAAAGCUUUGGUGAGAUGGGGAGGGGGUGUCACACCUCUGUUUCAGAGAGUUUUCAGAUGUAAAAGGCAUAGAUGGAGAUUCUGACAUCUGCUUCUGCAGGUUGUGUGUAGGUGGAAGUUGUGAGAUUAAGCAGCCGGCCCUGAAUUGAAAGAAGGAAUUAUGUGACACGAGGUGUAAUCGAUUGACAAGGAACUAACAACCCAACUAGCUAACAGCUGGUAAUCCCAUGAAUCUGAUUAUGAUAAAGUACAUCCAAAUGGUCCCAGGAAAGCUGCAACUGUGAAAUCUCCUUGCCUCUCCCUGCCCAGCCUCCCAAUACGUGAAGAUAACAGCAGCAGCGUCACUGACAUCUUUCCUUGCCUAUCUCUGAACGGGAAAACUGGAAAGACCCCAUGGCUUCACGCCAGCCUGAGAAGUCAUACAUCACAAUUUCUCUGUGCAUAUGCAUUUGAACCUUGUUAACAUGUACCAAACCCUUUGCAAGCACGCAGGUAUGGAGCCGUUUGCAUCCAUGGGUGGUUUCCCCUCAAAGUCUGGUUUGUGCCAGCUUUGAUGAGGGUGGUUUUGACCAAUUCUUCCUGACGCUCCGUGUAUCACUAACAUAUGUUCCUCAGUGCUGUGCAGAAAUGUGAUUGCUCACUAUGGUCAUGUUUGUAAUCUCUGUUCAUAACUGCAGAACGGGGAGAUGCUGCUGUAGGUGUGUGAGCGAGCAGGGUUUCACCGUGUGUUCCCAAAAGCCCCUGUGGCCAACGUGACCCUGAGCCAGGGCAGCUGGAAAAGUCCAGCUCUGUGGGUCGCGAUGGACGGCUGCUCCAAGCACAAAGCUCAGCCCAGCAUUUGGCAUCAUUUUGAAAUGUGUUGCUGCUGGUUUCACUGUCCACCCCUUCUCCCUCCCGUUCCAGCCCGGCUGUGUAGGUGACCUGUGACACCUGCUUUGGGAUUUAUCCCUCCCUUUGCCCAUCCGAGGAGACUCGCUGUUCCCCUCUUGGUAAUGCUGUUCUAACUCUUCACCAGAAUGUAUUUCCUCUUCCUAGGGUAGGUUCAUUUGGCAACUGAUGUUUCUCUGGGUUAUGUAGGCCUUUUCUCAGCAGGAAAGCUGCAGCCUGCUCCAAGAACACCGGGCUUCUCUUUCCUGCUCUGCCUCCACUAUCGAACUGCGUGGCCUUGGGCAAGUCACUGAACCUCUCUGUGCCUCAGUUCUCCCAUCUGUAAAAUGGGGAUAAGUCAUAUUUAAGCACUUUUGUAAAGCACUGGGCUGCCCACGAGCAGCAAGUGCUACGUAUGUGCUGAGUGCUAUUACUACCGAGUGAUCCCUACCUUUAAGACACUUAGAGAUUUUUUUAUUUUAUUUUAAGUGGUAAGAUCAAACACUGCAUCCAGGUUUGCACACUUCUUCCUCUCUAGCAAAGUGCUAAACCCGCCAGCCUGCCUGGGAAUAAACACCAAUAUCACGUGGAUGUUCUUGCUUUAAGCUGAUGCAGGCUGUUAGAAAAAGAGAAUCCAAAAGCCUGCAGGCAUUGCCAUUUGCAUACAAAACUCUUGUUUAUUCCUAGGUAGAAUUGCCAAGAGAUGCUCUGCAAUCUUGCCUUUAAUUGUGAUUUGCCUUGGUUAUUGCUCUUGCUGCUGGUUGAACCUCAAAGGGCUUUGAUAUUUGGAGAAACAUGCGACCUCUCAGCUUCCCGACCAGAGUGAAAGGUCAGGGCAUGGCAGUGAGAACAAGCCAAGCUUCCAGGGAGGUUUUAGGUACAAAUCUGUUGAUCAGCCUGCCUAGAAAUUUCUAUUUUUAAAUGAAACUGUGCUUUGUCUUCCACCGAGAUGUUCAGAAACCUGAUGAAAGCAGAGCACGACGUCUUUUUUCAAAUCUCAAAGCCCUGACUUAGGCUCGAACCACUUGACAGAAUCCUCUAAUCGAUGAUGAGAUAUUUUCAAGCUUUAACAACUUCCUUUAGGUGGUCUUCAAACCGUGAGCAAGUUUGUCUCGGGAAGGAGGGAGGGUGUCUUAGAGGUGCCUCUCUCUUUCAUGCCAUCAACCACCAGAGUGAGACUUCAACUUCGCUAACAGUAUAACAGAGUAUUUCUUUUAUUUGAGUGUGUUUUAGGGCUUGACCUAGAAUCCACUUGGAUCUGAAUUGAUUUAAUGCCAUUUGCCUGCUUGGCAGUGGGACAAACUUGUGGGUGACUUCAGCUCGCUGGUGUGAGAGGAGCUGAUGUCGGCCCCAGACCUUAGCUGAUGUGGAAGCAGGCUUAGCCCCAGGGCUCACCUCCCUGCUGUCCCCAAGGCUGCCCGCUGGCACCGGCCCUGGCCACCCUCGCUGCACAGACCCUACAGGUGAUGGUGACUGGGGAUGCUCAGUGGUGUGGUGCCCUGUGGGUGGGGGGUGUGGAGGCUCUGUGCCGGCUGGACCGCAGCUUGCUUGCUCUUCUUUUGGCUCUCGUUGCCUGGACCUCUCUAGCAGGUUUCCUUGUUCAUUUGAACGCUUUCCAAGCUCAAAUUUGCUCUGCCUGUUUGCACGGGCAAGGCAGUGUCUUUGGGCUCUCAAGGCUGGGGGACCGUGCCCCCAUCCUGCUGCAAAGAGGAGGAUCUGGAGUGCAGGAAGGUUGACGGAGUGCGCCAGCUUGCUUGGUCAAUCUUUUGAGAGUUUGUUUUCCUUUUUCAGGUGUUUUGAGCCGAUGGGCCCUCUGCUUUUCAUUGUCUUCGACCUUUAAAGGCUGGAGCUGCAGCCCUCUCUCUUUCAGCCGUGUACCUGCCACGCUGCUGCAGUGGGAAAUCCCGCCGGGGCUCCUCAUGGACGCGGCUCUUCCCUAAACCAUCCCUACCUCCUUUCCCCGCUAGACCGAGUUACCUUCCAAUAGACUCUUGCCACGUGCUGGGCCGUGCUUUGGCAGAUGGGCUCGCCUCUUGCUUUGGCAACCUCCUCGCUUCUCCCAGCUCUGGUUUCCAUGCCCUUCAGGGGUUUCUCUCCUCUGCUCCCGCGGACCUGGGACAUCGAAGCUGAUGAUGCCAACCAUUUUCCCCCAUUCCAUCCCUGUUUGAACUCCGUUUUUGUUUUGAUGGUUUGCAAACACGGCUGCUGCUGCUGCUGCUUUUCCUUUUUCUUUUAUGCUGCAAAAUAUAUCUUGAUUUUUUUUAUCUUUCUGGGCCAAACUCUCUUAUUUUGUAAGUUUGUCCUAGGGUAGAUGGUUCUUGCUUUAUUGGCAAACAUAAGAUCCGUUCCUCCUUGCACGUUGCAAAAGUGAUGUGUUUCACCAGGUCUCAUGCAAAGAGCUGGGCUGUGGUGGAGGAAACACCUCUGAAUCACUGUAGUGAUUCUCAGAAAAAGCUGUGGUGAGGACACAAGCUGAAUGUGUCCGUGCAAUUAACCCCAGUUUUUGGGGUCCCGGUGCUGCAGGUGGGUGAGAGUGCUGCAGCUCCGUGCUUUAGUUUCCCAUGGGCUCUGCAGCCAGGCUGUGGGGCUGGAGGAGCACUGAGGCUGCUGCAGGUUUGUUUUGAAAGCAUCAGCAAGUGAGAAAUGGGCAGGAUUCAGCUGCCCCGAGCUGGGGAGUGGAUAAUGCAGGGAGGUAUAUGGACAAGGGCAUUGUGAUCUAGUUUUGGUGGGCACCAGACUGUUGUUCCUGCGUGCAUUUCCUUGUCAGCUCAUCCAUGCAUGGAGGCUGGAGAUAGCUGUGUUUGUGGUGGAGUUUUGCUGGGCAGCUCUGCAGACUGCAGGGAACGGCUCGCUGAUUUGUGCAUGGCAGCGGUGCUCAGUAAGGUGAGUUGUGCAUGUUAAAUGGGCUGCUUGGAGCAUGGUUUGGCAGCUGGGAGUCACUGCUGUUCCCAGCUCUGCCGAUGGCUUCCUUUGAGCCUGCAGGCAAGUUGCUUCAGCACUCUGCCUCGAUUUCCCCAUCGCUAUAAAAGGAAUAACAGCAAUGCUGUACCUACCUCCAGGGAUGCUGAGGGCCCAGGGCUUGUGGUCAGCACUCCAGCAAACCUCCCAGCAGGGCUGGGUCGUGGCUAAUGGCAUCAGGGCACGACGCGUGCCUUAAUGCUGCACAUCUCUCACAGUUAGGACAGAAUCUGCUUGGCGGUUUGGUUUCUCCUCCUCCUUAAGGCAGCGAUGCAGAAUUCGGUUUUCUUUGAGUUUUGGGUUGGUUUCCCCAUGUGCUUUCGGCUGCAGUUCUUGGCUCGGGGUGUUUUUCAGAUGACAGUGAUUCCUCCACAGCCCGCUUGGGCUCGCUGCAGAGCUGGCAGAGCUGCUGCUUUUUUGUGGAAGGGAACAUUUUCAGGGAGCCAGCAUAAAAAGUGAUGUAUAUAUGAGAUAUAAAUACAUAGAGAAGUGUAGGAUGAGGGUAGAUAUGUAUGCAGAAGUCCGGUAUAUUUGCAUGUAAAGGGUAUGUUUGUCUGUAGUGGGAGUGUUGGUGGAGGGGGAGGGGAUUGAGAUGGACAAAGCCAGGCAGAGCCUGGGGAGGAUUUGGGAAUGGAUGGGCACAGGGCACCUCUCUGCCUGACCUUCAUGCGUCCCCAUCCCUGCUACACAGGAUCUGGGUGUCCUUUUUUUCCCUUUUUAUUCAAUCAUGCUCCUCCCCCCGGUGUUUUUUUGUUUGUUUGCUGUAUGGUAUGUGAUUCAUUACUGGACCAUGGGAGUUGGAAAGUAGGAGUGAAGAGCCUCUUACCUGCACACAGGGCAGGAGCAUCACAUUCCUCAUCUUCCAUGUCACUGCAGUCAUUCAAAGAGGAAGCAACACCGUGCAGAACCCCUUAUCUAAAAUCCCUGUAGGUGCUGUUCUCUGAUUACUCCUGUUAAAGCAUUUUGCUUUGCAUCUGUUCUUUCCAGAAGAGCAUGACUCAGAAGUGAUGAGAGGAAUGUGGCUAAAUGGGUUGAGAACUGCUGUGCUGGCCGUGCUCAGGCUGUCCCAGAGGUAAUGGCUCCACAGGCCAGGAUGUUCUGCCUCCCCCCUGGUUGCCACAUUGUCUUUUUUUUUAACUCAUUAGCAGGACUUUUGGGAUAAGGGGAUUCAUCCACCAAAGGCAUUGCUGGAGGUACCUUAGCAAUGGCUUGCCUGAUGCGCUGUAGCAUUGCUGCUUCAUGCAUCGAACCAAAAGCCCCUUGCAGAGCACAAAGCAAGGCUGGUCCUGCUGUGGGAAUGCAGGCAGCACCCGUGGCCCAAAAUUGCAGGUGUGCAGUGGCUGAGUUUGGGCUGGAUACCCAAUGCUCUCCAGGGAGUCCAUCACAGCACUGCUUGGGCACGGGGUCCCUUAUAAAGGGACACUGACUCCUGUUCUCAUCCUUCAGCUUAGUUUCUGGUUUCUUUUGCUGGACUUCCCUUUGCCUGUCUUUGCAGAGGAGGACAGGCUGCGCUGAAUCCGUAGGGGAAACGCAUGAGCCAAGUACUGGAGGUCAGAGUGAUGGUGUGUGUGAUUUGGCAAGCUGUGCGUGCAAGAGAAGAAAGCUGAACGUUAUUCCCAAUAUCUGUGUGUCCCCUGUGUCACUGCCACGUGGCAAGGACUGGUGCACAGCUCCUGGUCCCUUGGAGAGGCCAGAGAAGGGACCCUGCUCCCUUCUGCAAGUGACUGGGAUGAGUCAGGGCCACCCGGUGCAUUAUUUCCCUGCUUUCCCUGUUUAAGUGUUUCCAUCUGGCAAGCCUGUGCUGUCUGAACUGUCUGUCCCUCGUCGUUGCUUGGCACAGAGUCUCACCCAGCAGUGCAGGGUAACCUCAGGACGUGUGCCGACAAGCAUCCCGAAUCCCCAGGGCUCUGGGUGUUUUUUGAUACGUGCAUGGAUGGAAGAAGAACCGUAGAUGGGGAGAGGGUGGGCAAGAGAGAAGGGAGGGCAGAUGGGUUGGUCCAGGCUUAGGGGUUUUGGAUAUUGCAAGCAUGCACUGUAGUGGUAGGUAAGGAUCUUUAUACUGGUUUCAAUGGGGCACAGGGGGGCUGGAGUCCUUUUUUUUUUUUUUGCACUGGAUGGAGCAGGAGGGCCUAUGAUGACCCCCUGUGAGGCUGGGGGCUCUGGGGACAGCAAGGCAUGGAGAAGGGGCUGCUGGCACACGCAUGGACAACAGCCAGCCUCUCAUUGCCAUGGGGAGGAGGAGAGUUUGCCCAGGAUAUUUUGGUUUACCAUCGAAAUACCAAUUUCUCUCCUGGGGAGAGUUUUGUUCCAGUUCUCUUGGGGUUACAGGUGACCAAGAGGGCUGCCCAGGGGCUGCCCAUCAUCCUGGAACAGCUCCAUCCUGUGCUCUCAAAGCCCCUCUGAUUUCUACUCCCCCCAACCCCGCACUUAAAACAAAG